GCACAAGGUUGCAGAGAUUUGCCACGUGCCCUCCUCGUGCACAGUUUCCCUCACUGUCAAUAUUCUGCAGGGGCGGUACGUUUGUGACAGCCAGCUAACCUCCACUGACACAUCAUUGUCACCCAAAGUUCACAGUUCCAUUAAAGUUAAGUCUUGGCUUUGUAUAUUCCAUGGAUUUUGACAAAUAUAUAAUGAUGUGUAUGGACCAUUAUAGUGUACUACAGAAUAGUUCCACUGCCUUAAAAAUCCUCUGUGCUCCGUCUAUUCAUGUCUCUCUCCCAACCUCUGGCGAUGACUGGUACUUUUACUACAUCCAUAAUUUUGCAUUUCCAUGAUGUCCUAUUGUUGAGAUUAUGCAGUAUAUAGCCAUUUCAGGCCGGCUUUCUUCACUUAGAAAUAUGUAUUUAAAGUUUCUCCACAUCUUUCCAUAGCUUGAUGGCUUUUAUUUUUAGCACCGAAUAAUAUUCCAUUGUCUGGGUGUACCACAGUUUAUCUAUUUACCUACUGAAGAACAUUCUAGUUGCUCCCAAGUUUUGGAAACUAUGGGAAAAGCUACUAUAAACAUUCUUAUGCAGGUUUUUUUGUAGACAUAAGUUUUCAACCAACUCCCUUGGGUCAAUUCCAUGGAACAUAAUUGAUAGAUCAUAUGGCAAGAAAGAGUAUGUUUAGUUUUGUUAGAAAAAAAAAAGAGUACCUCCCAAAUGGCUGUACCAUUUUGCAUUUCCACCUGCAAUGAAUAAGAGUUUUUGUUGCUCCACAUCCUUGCCAGCAUUUGUGGUUUUCAGUGUUUUGGAUUUCAGUGAUUCUAAUAGGUUUAUAGUAGUAUUUCAUUGUUAUUCUAAUCUGCACUUCCCAAUGAGCACCUUUUCAUAUUUGCCAUUCAUUUCCCCUACUUUUCUAAUUUUUAUAGAUAUCUUCUUUUUUCAAACCUGCAGGGUUCUACAAUGGAAGGCUGACCUCAGCCAGUGUGCAGAGUUCUUGCCUUUCCCCCACCCCUGCCCCUAGAAGUGUACCUUUCUCAGGUCUCCCAGCCUUCAGCCAAGAUGAGUAAUAAGCCAGACUUGUCUGAAGUGGAGAAGUUUGACAGGUCAGCGCUGAUGAAAACUAACACCAACGAAAAAGCUAUUCUCCCCUCAAAGGAAACUCUGCAGCAAGACAAAGAGUGUGUUCUAACAUCAUAACAUGAGGAUCUUCUCCCAAGGGCAAAUGCCAGCAUUGCCAGGGUGUCUUGGUUCAGGGCUUGUUUUUUUGUAAACUUCUGUGUCAUACAGAUUUGGGGCAUCCUCUGAUGUCUUUUCACUCAUACUUCCUGGCUAAGGAGUCAGGGUUAACCGAUGUUGCCUUAACUACGAUUUUAAACCUUCCAUGCAUGCAUAAAUUCCAGCUGGCAGGUGCUGUGGAUAAUGUCGGUACUGAUGACCUUUGCAUGUGUAGGCCUUGCCUUCCCUACAGAAUAAGUCACUUGGAACCAUCUACAAUGGAUACCUCUCUUGCUCUACAAUCUUCAGGAAGUGGCAUGGUUUUGCAACUUCUCACAGUUUAUUUUCAUUUUUAAUGCAGCAAUAAAAUCAUGUAUAUAACCACUAAAAAAUAAAGUUUCUUUUUCUGUACUAUAUUUUAUUCUCUCCAAUUUGAUUAAACUCAGAAAAUAUAGACUUCUCAUACUAAGAUGAUAAAUAUUUGGUAAGACAAAUAGAUAUUCUAGGUUUAUGAUAAAAACAGAAACAGUUCAAUGGGUUGAAUGUUGUUUAAUCCUGAUUAGGAAACCAUUAAUAUUGGCAGAACGUUCUUGAGUUGGCUUUCUUGGCCCUUCCCUAUCUUCAGGAUGUUACUAAACGAACUUUGUUUGCCUGUACCAGAGCACCAAGUGGUUUUUCAAUAUGGCGCUGCUGACUCGUAUUGAGCUUUGCAUGCAGUAACAGACUGCAAAACUUACCUCAGCCUCCAUAGCUAAUCACACACCUUCAAGGACCCAAUAGCCCAAUAAACGUUUCACUACAUGAGAGUUUGUAGUGCAAUUACCUGUUUAACAAAUGCUCAGUAUUUUUAUCAAUCAUGCUGACUGGGCAUCAGAUAGAGAUACAGUCUAACACACAACAAUGAAAGCUGUUGCCUCCCUGGUCUCCUGGUUUAUCUCCCCU